AAAAAAAAAAAAAAAAGAAACUUAAAAACCUCUGCAAAACCCUACUUCUCCCUCUUCCAUAUAUAUAAUUGUAUGUAAAAUCUUAUUUAGUUCAGGGAAUAACCGAUAAUGUCUGCUCUAGUUCAAUCUGAAUCGCGAAUUUUUUCAAUACUUUCUCGAAACAGCCGUAGAUUUUCCUCGGAACCUAAGAAAGAACGAAUUUUUUCCUCCUCCACAAUCCUUAAUCAACCUCCGCCACCUCCGGAAACUUCGGAGCCUCAGCUGCCGGAAUCCGGAGCUGAGAAGAAGUCCUGGAGUUUUCUCAAGUACGGCCUCAUAGCCGCCCUCGCUGGCGGUUUUGCAGCCUCUGCCUCUGCUACCUACGCAUACUCUUUAGAAGAAGUUGAUCAGAAGACUAAGGCUUUUCGUGCUUCUGCAAAUUACACCGUUGGGGAUGAUGCUUCUUCUCUUGACAAAUUUCAAGCUUUCGUACGCUCUGCUGCAAUGACAGUGCCUGCUAAGUUAGUUGACCUUUACAUUGAUCUAAGGAGGUUAACCGAAGAGCAAGUUCGGGGUUUUGUUGAACCAACAUCAGAUAAGCUCCUACCUGAUUUGCACCCUCUGGAGCAGCAUGUAUUUACCCUUGUUCUUGAUUUGAACGAGACGUUGAUAUACUCUGAUUGGAAGCGUGACAGAGGGUGGAGAACAUUCAAAAGACCUGGUGUAGAUGCAUUUCUGGAGCAUUUAGCUCAAUUGUAUGAAAUUGUAGUAUAUUCUGACCUUCUGAAUAUGUAUGUUGAUCCCGUUGUUGAUAUGUUGGAUCCCAAACACUGUAUCCGGUAUAGGCUCUCAAGGGGCGCAACAAGAUAUGUUGAUGGAAAGCACUAUAGGGAUCUUUCGAAGCUCAAUAGGGAUCCUGCUAAGGUUAUUUACAUUAGCAGUCAUGCUUUAGAAAGUAGCCUUCAGCCAGAAAAUUCUGUUCAAAUAAAACCGUGGCAAGGCGAAAUAGAAGAUACAGCACUUUUAGAUCUUAUUCCAUUCCUUGAAUAUGUGGCUAAACACAGACCAGCUGAUAUUCGAACUGUUCUAGCUUCAUACCAGGGUCGUGAUAUUUCCAAAGAGUUCAUUGAACGAUCUAAAGAGUAUCAAAAGCGCAUGCAAGGGCAGAAGCAGCACGGUCGUUUCUGGCAACGUUAAGAGAUGUGGAAUCUGCUUGUGGAAGUUAUGAACCUAUUUUUUAAUAUUUAUGGAUGAAAACAGGUGGAGUAUGUAAUGAAUUGCUAGACAGUCAUGUUCAGCUCUGUUGAACAGUGCUAUUACACUAUCCCAAAAUUCCUCUGAUUGCAUUAUAUGUUCCAACAAUUUUUUAUUCUUUCUUUUAACCUGUAUUGUGCUUGCUUACGAAUCUUCCCUUUGAUCAAUGUUAAAUACAACUGUUCUGCUGCUA